AUGGACCCCGGAGAUGCCGCCAUUUUGGAGUCUUCCCUAAGGAUCCUGUACAGGCUUUUCGAGUUGCCACUGCUGCUGCCGCUGUCGGCGGCCUUGUCGGGCAGAAUGAAUGUGAUAGACCACGUGCGGGACAUGGCGGCCGCGGGGCUGCACUCCAACGUGCGGCUCCUCAGCAGCUUGUUACUUACAAUGAGUAAUAAUAACCCAGAGUUAUUCUCCCCAUCUCAGAAGUACCAGCUUUUGGUGUAUCAUGCAGAUUCUCUCUUUCAUGAUAAGGAAUAUCGGAAUGCUGUGAGUAAGUAUACCAUGGCUUUACAGCAGAAGAAAGCUCUAAGUAAAACUUCAAAAGUGAGACCUUCAACUGGAAAUUCUGCAUCUACUCCACAAAGUCAGUGUCUUCCAUCUGAAAUUGAAGUGAAAUACAAAAUGGCUGAGUGUUAUACAAUGCUAAAACAAGAUAAAGACGCCAUUGCUAUACUCGAUGGAAUCCCUUCCAGACAGAGAACUCCCAAAAUAAACAUGAUGCUGGCAAACUUGUACAAGAAGGCUGGUCAGGAGCGCCCUUCGGUCACCAGCUAUAAGGAAGUGCUGAGGCAGUGCCCGUUAGCCUUGGAUGCCAUUCUAGGUUUGCUGUCCCUUUCUGUAAAAGGUGCAGAGGUGGCAUCAAUGACAAUGAACGUGAUCCAAACUGUGCCUAACUUGGACUGGCUGUCUGUGUGGAUCAAAGCAUAUGCUUUUGUGCACACUGGUGACAACUCGAGAGCUAUCAAUACCAUCUGUUCACUGGAGAAAAAGUCCUUAUUGCGAGAUAACGUGGACCUACUGGGAAGCUUAGCAGACCUGUACUUCAGAGCUGGAGACAAUAAGAACUCUGUCCUAAAGUUUGAACAGGCACAGAUGUUGGAUCCUUAUCUGAUAAAAGGAAUGGAUGUGUAUGGCUACCUGCUGGCACGAGAAGGGAGGCUGGAGGAUGUGGAGAACCUUGGCUGCCGCCUUUUCAAUAUUUCCGAUCAGCAUGCAGAACCGUGGGUGGUCUCUGGGUGUCACAGCUUCUAUAGCAAACGCUAUUCUCGGGCCCUCUAUUUAGGAGCCAAAGCCAUUCAGCUGAAUAGUAAUAGUGUUCAAGCUUUGCUGCUUAAGGGAGCAGCGCUUAGGAACAUGGGCAGAGUCCAAGAAGCAAUAAUACAUUUUCGGGAGGCCAUACGGCUCGCACCUUGUCGCUUAGAUUGUUACGAAGGUCUCAUCGAAUGUUACUUAGCCUCCAACAGUAUUCGAGAAGCAAUGGUGAUGGCUAACAAUGUUUACAAAACUCUAGGAGCCAAUGCACAGACCCUUACCCUUUUAGCCACUGUUUGUCUUGAAGACCCAGUGACACAGGAGAAAGCCAAAACUUUAUUAGAUAAAGCCCUGACUCAAAGGCCGGAUUACAUUAAGGCUGUGGUGAAAAAAGCAGAACUACUUAGCAGAGAACAGAAAUAUGAAGAUGGAAUUGCUCUGCUGCGGAACGCACUGGCUAAUCAGAGUGACUGUGUCCUGCACCGGAUCCUUGGAGAUUUCCUUGUAGCUGUCAAUGAGUAUCAGGAAGCAAUGGACCAGUAUAGUAUAGCACUAAGUUUGGACCCCAAUGACCAGAAGUCUCUAGAGGGGAUGCAGAAGAUGGAGAAGGAGGAGAGUCCCACGGAUGCCACUCAGGAGGAGGAUGUGGACGACAUGGAAGGGAGUGGGGAAGAAGGGGACCUGGAGGGCAGCGACAGUGAGGCGGCCCAGUGGGCUGACCAGGAGCAGUGGUUCGGCAUGCAGUGAGGGCGGCUGCUGCGGGGCCACACUGGCCUGCCCUGCUCUGAGCUCUUCCGUGGACUGGAGGAACCGUAGGCACCUGCUCUCGGGAGGACAAGGAUUCAGCAUGUGAUUGCAGCGGGGGUCUCGGCCCCCUGGCUCCCGAUUCCUAGUCGUGACUUCAUUUCUAGAACUGAGCCUGACCAGCCUUCCAUGUAUCUCCAUCCUCCCCUGCUCCAGCCAGGGAGGACCGCGGGAGCACCCUGAGGCCCACACACAUCAGGGCUUCUGGGGCAAGAGCACUUUUUAUAUAACUAAUUUCUAAAUCACAAAGCUCAAGGAAUAGACGGUGUUUUGUCUGUGACAUGGAUGGGUUUGAAGGAGUGACCCACUGUCCCAGAGCGAUAGUGUCAUCUCCCAACUCUGAUGGCCGUAUGGUCUGGCCCUAGAGGGCUUCCUGUUUGCAGAAGUCAUCGCCUGGGCUGUCCAGACUCCCUAGUAACUGUGCUUUCCUUCUGCAACGUUAGUAAUGCCUUAAGCUGACAGUUGCUGUUUUGCAGAACAGUUUUCCUCUUUGCUAAGCUGGUAACUUGCCUCUGAGCCUGGCCAAGCUGGGAAACGGGUGUGACAAGAGCAUGAGCAGGCGCACCUGGGGCGGUUCCCUAAUAAAACUGGUUUGUACAGUC